AUAUUGAAUCAUAAUUUUCAUGUCCGCUUUCUGUAAUUUCCAUUUUCCACUACAAAUAUACAUCCUAACGAACGUGAAAUUUUCCUAUUUUGCAGCGAAUGCGGCUACCGGUCUGUGGAAUUUAUUUCAAUUUUUUCCGAAUAUUCUCUCGACUGAUUAGCUUUCACAUCAACAUUUUCCGAAGAUUUAAUUGAUUAAUCGAAUUCGUACAGCCGGAGGCAACCAUUAGGGUUUCCGUAAUCUGAUUUUAACGAAAUUUGGGAGAUAAUUUGCCAAAGAAAUGGUUAAAUCAGGGGAACGCCCGUUCGCCGACGAUCGGUGCAUCGACGCGGCGGAUCAAAACUCCGACAUCGAGGAUUCCGUCGACGCAUCUUCGAGCGGUAUUGAGACUCCUGCGACUGCUAAUCCGUCAUUCUCGCGGAGGUUAACGGAUAUAUUUCUGGGGGACGGCGAUGAAGAUCUGUUGCUACAGAGGACCGAUAUCGGAGAUGGCUUAUUGCAGUGGCUUGGGGCUUUGGACAUGCAGGUGAUGGGGGCUUGUCGCGCGGAUGAGAGGUUGAAGCCUUUGCUGAAACUUAACAUCUCCGGCGGCGAUGCUGAGGAUCGCCUGCUGGCUCAACUCUGUGAGCAUUUCGAGCCAUCAGAAGUGGGUCUGCUUGCCAGGUGCUUGUGUGCUCCUCUCGUUUCAAUCCGGGUGGGGAAAAUCAACAAGCAAGGAACAGUAUUAUGUCCAACAUCAGUGAGAGGGAAUUUGUGUCUCACACUACUGCCUACUUCUGACCUCCGUGUCUCAUUUAAUGGAGAUGAUGGUUCUGUGGAGAGACUGGCAACAUUAAGCUCUGAGGCUCACUGCACUAGCUUAGAGAUUGAAGAGAUUUCUGCAGACAACUCUGGAAGAUCAUUUUUACUCAGGAUUGCUGAUAAUAUGGUUUUUUAUUUUUGGUGCUCUGAGAAAUCUCAAUAUUUAGGGAAUGAAAUGCUCAGGAAGAUGAAUGAUUUGCUUAUAAGAAAACCUUCACUGGCUGAAUUAACUGGAAUAAGUGAUGGCCGCCUCAACUCCUUUGCAACUCAGCUCAGAGCUUAUCUCCAUGGAUCAGUAGUGAGUAAAGCACAGUCUAUUGGUGUUCUGCCGUCUAACGGUCCUUCAGAUGAUGAUUCAUUUGAUUCUUCUGAGCUUCAUUACGGCUGCCGAGGGUUAAUGACAAACCUGAACCAUCUUGAUGGUUUCUAUCCCAAAUCUGGUUCAUUUGAAGCGAGCCUGCCAAAAAGUUUGUCCUCCAAAAAUAUCACUGCCAGAGAAAAUUUGAUGCAAGUUGGAGACGGCAAUGCUUCACCCAACAGCUUGUUUCUUGCUUCAACAAGCGAUGCUGAUCUAUCGAAUUCUAUAGGCUUUGCCAAAGGCAAGCUUCCUAAAGCAAAUUUAGUUCACUCAUUUUCUGUUCUAAAUGUUGUGGAUGCAUUUGGUAAACCUUUGGAUGUCCCUCUUUGUGGUCCAAAAGUACAGGUUCAUUCCUCUGGUCCAUCUCAUUUGUCUCCUCAAUACUGCUGGUGUCCUCCCGUUGCUUCGGCGCUGCAUUACACUUUCUGGAACUCCCAAAUGCCAACCGAGUCUCUUCAUUUGCCGCCACUUUCUUCUCUACUGGCCUCUAAAUCAUCUCCAAGCUUGUCUGAAGUUCCAGCUAUGGAUUUUCCUAGCUUUCAGCCGCAUCCAUUAGUAACUAGUCUAGCAACCUCUCAGCAGAUCCCGACAUUUACACCUUUGAUGUGUGACCCAAUUGUCCACAUUCCCAUCUAUUCAUCCGGCCCGGGAUUAUUAGUUAGUACUGGCCCAGCCAUUGCAACCACGAUUCCUCCAUUAAAUCUGAAUCGUGUGGAUCCUCGCAUCACAAAUUCUGAAUCUGCCCUAGAACAAGGUGCUAGGGAGACUCUCCGCAUGCUCAUUAAUGGCACCAACAGCCAACCCAACUCGAAGCUGCUUGAGAUGUUGCCGCCCGUGUUGAGCAGCAGUGAUGACAUUGACAAGCCAAACCUACUUAGUAUUGGAGGAAGCAGGGGUUUCUAUUGUGGGACGAGAGAUGUCUCCGGUGGUCCGACCAAUAUGAGCUUCAUGUUUCUGUCGGAGAAAUCGCCGGGUGGUGGUUUUGGCUCCAGCAGUGAUGAUUCAGUUGAUAAGGAGAGGCCACAGGACUUUGACUCAUCUGGUUUGGAUUCGGGAAUGGAAUGAUUAGAUGCCCAGAGCCAAGCAUUUUCAUGCUCGUGUAUACUGUUUUUGUCAACAAAUGUAGAUAUUAUUAGCCUAGCUCUUAGGCUAGAAAAUCAGCUUUGUUAUAGUGUAAUCCCUAAACUUUUGUCAAAUGAAGCCUAUUUGUUUCUUUGCUGUCUA